AUGAGCGAUUUGAACGCUGAAAGAUCAAAGCCAUGGAACAUAUAUCCAUCUUCAAACCCUGGUCCAUCACAAACAGGAGUUGAUGAAGAUGGUCCAUGGAAAAGCUUAGGGACAUCUAUGAGUGCUAUUUCUUUUGGUUUUGUUGCCACAGCCAUUUUGAUUUCAAUGUUUCUUAUAAUGGCCAUAUUUGAACAUUUAUUCAAACCCACCUCACAAUUCUCCACGCAAGAAUCUAUGAUGCCACGUUAUCAGGAGCACCCAGUACCAACUGGAAAACAAGGAAACCCACAAUCAGUUUCUCCAUCUUAUGCGUCUGAUUUCUCAGUGCUGAUGCCAGGGCAGCAAUAUCCUACCUUCAUAGCUCAACCUGCUCCUCUCCCUUGUCAAAGGGAAGGGGUUUAUUGGCCUCCUCAUGAACAUCAUUUUGUAUUUAAUUAG